GCGCGCGACCCCUCUCUCGCUUGCCCUUCUUCUAACCCUAGCCGCCUGCGCGCCGCCACACGAACCCCCCACCCAACCCGAGCGAGCACCGGCCGAGGAGGAAGAGAAGGUGAGAUGGCUCGCGGCGCGGCGGCGGCGGCGGCGGCGGCCGCCAAGGGCAAGAAGAAGGGGUCCGUCUCCUUCGUGAUCGACUGCACCAAGCCCGUGGAGGACAAGAUCAUGGAGAUCGCGUCGCUGGAGAAGUUCCUCCAGGAGCGCAUCAAGGUCGCCGGCGGCAAGGCCGGCAACCUCGGCGACUCCGUCACCGUCACGCGCGACAAGAGCAAGGUCACCGUCACCUCCGACGGCGCCUUCUCCAAGAGGUACCUCAAGUACUUGACCAAGAAGUACUUGAAGAAGCACAACGUGCGGGACUGGCUUCGCGUGAUCGCAGCCAACAAGGAGCGCAACGUGUACGAGCUCCGGUACUUCAACAUCGCUGAGAAUGAGGGCGAGGAGGAGGAUUAGAGUGCAUUGUUAUAUUGUAGUGCUUGUUGAGUUUUGAUACUUGAUCUGAGUACCUCCUAGUUAUCCACCUAUCUUAUGUUGUGCCCCUUUGAACAUGGAUGGUUUAAUUCGAAGAAUCCUUAUAUUUUGUCUGCUGUGUAUCCAUAUGUCUGAACCUAAUAGACGAGUAUUAUGGAGAUUUGUUCCUGUUUCCACCGAACUGCGGUGCGAAGCAGUGGUGCUUUUCA